AUGUUUCAUGAUUAUCAUCAUUACCGUAUCGAACAUUUGUUCAAAAAUUUCUCACAACCACCACUUGGUUCAACUGGUUCACAUCUUCUGGACGGGAACUCCGAUUUCCACCACGCCGAAAGCGCCUUGAUAUUUACUUCGAGGUUUGACGCAAACGUCGGUUUCUUUAGUAGUGUUCCACAACCGGGAGACGCGAUUAUUCUCGACCGGUUCGUGCAUGCUAGUGUGCACGACGGCGUGAGAAAUUCUUGUGCGAAAGUUGUGCUGAAAUUUUUGCAUAAUGACUUGGAGGAUUUGACGCGACAACUGGAUAAGACUGUGCAAAUUAUCGCUAGCGAAAAGAAUAUUUUCAUCGCGGUGGAGAGUUUGUACUCGAUGGAGGGUGAUAUCGCGCCUCUACGAGAAAUAGUUGAAAUACUGAAAUCGUAUAAUGUUUAUUUGAUGGUGGAUGAAGCUCACGCAACUGGAGUAUACGGUGAGCAAGGACGUGGAACAGUCUGUGAACUCGGUUUAGAAGACAAGAUAUUUGCGCUUGCACACAUUUGGAAAGCAUUGGCGUCAAAUGGAGCCAGUGAGCUUGGAGCCCAGCUUCGAGAGCGGUUAAAAAACUUGAUUACUUUGUUUAGAUCAAGUAUCAAAAUACCUUCACAUAUGCUGUUACCUUCCACAAGCGCAAUUCAAGGAAUCAUUAUACUGGCCGGCUACAGCGUCAAACCUAUUCGUUCUCCAACCAUCCCACCGGGAAGAGAGCGUGUUCGUAUAUGCAUGCACGCUGAUAAUACCAAAGAGCAAGUACUGGGUCUAGUGCAUGUUAUUGAAAGAUUUGUCGCUGAUUCGUUAUUCUUUUUUGUGGCUGAUAGUAACGUGGAUGGGGCAGGAGAAAGAACGGCCUCAUCAAACACAUUUUCAAACACUUUUGCGUCAACGCCGAACACUCCAAAUACCUAA